AUGGGGGAAGAAACAAAGAUCUUCACUCUUUCAGAAGUUUCAGAGCACAAUCUAGCUCAUGACUGUUGGAUUGUCAUCAAUGGAAAGGUAUACAAUGUGACCAAGUUCCUUGAAGACCAUCCUGGUGGGGAUGAAGUUCUCUUGUCUUCAACAGGUAAGGAUGCAACGGAUGAUUUUGAGGAUGUGGGUCACAGCGAGAGUGCAAGAGAAAUGAUGGAACAGUACUACGUAGGAGAGAUUGAUUCGGCAACAAUCCCAAAGAAAACCAAAUACACACCUCCUAAGCAGCCUCACUACAAUCAAGACAAGACCUCUGAGUUCAUAAUCAAGAUCCUUCAGUUCCUCGUACCCCUUGCCAUUCUCGGUUUGGCUGUUGGGAUUCGUAUUUACACAAAGUCAGGCUAG